UCGAUUUGUCAAAAUCAUGCACUUAAUGACUUGUCCCGUUUCAAAUCAAAUCUCGCACAAUUCAACAGAAUGUCAUCUAAUAGCAUAGAAAUCGGUUUCAACAACAGCCAAGUCAUUUCCAUCACCUCAGCAAAUGUUUAUUUUUGAGUUUUAAUUACCUCGUAUCAAAAUGUAUAAAAGCCGACGACCAAAUCGAGUGGAAAUCAAUUCAUUUGUUAUCAAUUAACAACAAUGUCGAAUCUCGUCUUCUUUUUGCUUGCAUUAUUUUCGACUGCUUGUUUGGCAGUCGAAAAACGUCGUGACGAUAAAUGGCCACCGCCAGAGGUUGUUGAAACAUUCAAGCCGAUAGCUCAAAUUUGCCGUGCCAAGACCGGUGUAACGGAUGAGGCCAUUAAGGAGUUCAGCGAUGGUGAAAUUCACGAUGACCCCGCACUCAAGUGCUAUAUGCACUGUCUUUUCGUUGAAGCAAAAGCUGUUGACGAACAUGGUGAGGUUCACUUGGAAUUGCUACAAGUGCAUAUAGACGAAUUAGAUAGAGAGAUCCAGGACAUUGCCAUCCAUAUGGGGAAAAAAUGCUUAUAUCCAAAAGGCGAAACUCUGUGCGACAGAGCCUGGUGGUACCAUCAAUGCUGGAAAUCCGCUGAUCCAAAGCACUACUUCCUUAUCUAACAAAUCGAUGGUGAUUGGGGUGAUGAGUUCAAAACUAUUGUACUGUACAGCGCUGCUACUAACUAACAAUGUUGACAAUGAAAUGUAUUCUAUAACCCAAUAAUAAAGCUUUUGUUGAUAUUACCAAAUAAU